CUGACAAUGUCAUCCAUCCCCUCGCUGUGGGACGUUCUGCUCGAGAUGGGAAUGGGGGUUGGAGGGGCCCAGAGAGAACGCGGAAAGGACUGGAAGGGCGGACAGGGGGCCUGAAGCCGGGGUCCAGGCCGAUGGGGGUCUAAGGCAAGGGGGAGCAGAGUCAGGCCCGCGGGCUCCCAGACCGGCUGAUCCUGACAGCGCGGCUGUUGGGCCAGGCUGGGUUCUUCCCGGCUCCAGCUCAGAUGGGGCCUGGGCUGAGGCAUCGGGUUGAGAUGGGUGUGGCAGGCGACAGGAGUGUGGCAGAGGGUGGACCGAGCAUACAGACCGCUCUUGUCCAGCUGUUCCGGGGGCCCGUGGUGGGAGCAUGUGCUCGCAGUCCGUCAGCUACCUCCGCCCCCAGUUUCCUCUGGCCUCCAGCCCGGUCUUGAUGCCUCUGGCCUUGGGAUUUUCCGUCUCUCCUGCCUGGAACAGUGACUCACAAGACCCAGGGGACUUGCCCGGAAUCCCCAUUUUUCAGGCCUGGACUGGGGACACAGACUCUUUGGGGACAGGGGACAGACAGCUGAAUGCCCUCUGAGCAGCACCUACCCCACUCUCUCUGCCUGUACCUCACUGAAGGAAGCUCUCCAGUGAGUGCGGAGCAGUCCAAAGUCCUGAGUGCCGUGGAGGACCGCAUGGACGAGCUGGGCGCUAGCAUUGCACAGUCCCGGCGCACAGUGGCCCUCAUCAAGAGCGCAGCCUUGGCGGAGCGGGAGAGGGUGAGCCGGCUCUUCGCCGAGGCUGCAGCCAUCCUGCAGGGGUUCCAGACAGAGGUGCUGGGCUUCAUCGAGGAGGGGGAGGCCACCAUGCUGGGCCGCUCCCAGGGUGACCUGCGGCGGCAGGAGGAACAGCGCAGUAGGCUAAGCCGGGCCCGCCACAACCUCGGGCAGGUCCCUGAGGCCGACUCCGUCAGCUUCCUGCAGGGGUUGCUGGCACUGAGGCUGGCCCUGGAGGAGGGGUGCGGCCCUGGGACCGGCCCCCCGAGGGAGCUCAGCUUCACCAAGUCCUCCCAAGCUGUGCGGGCUGUGAGAGAGGUGCUGACUGAGGCCUGUGCCAGCCAGGGGGAGCGGCUGCGGGGGCCGGGCGGCGAGGAGGAGGAGGACCUGCGGAAGUUGGGCACGGAAGCCGAUGCCGAGUCCCGAGACCCCGAUAGCACCAACAACCUCGAGAGUGAGGCUCCCAGGGAUUACUUCCUCAAGUUUGCCUACAUCGUAGACCUGGACAGCGACACGGCAGACAAGUACUUGCAGCUGUUUGGGACCAAAGGUGUAAAGAGGGUACUGUGUCCCAUCAACUACCCCGAGUCACCCACCCGCUUCACGCACUGCGAGCAGGUGCUAGGCGAGGGCGCCCUGGACCGGGGCACCUACUACUGGGAGGUGGAGAUCAUCGAGGGCUGGGUCAGCGUGGGGGUCAUGGCUGAAGACUUCUCCCCGCAAGAGCCCUAUGACCGGGGCCGGCUGGGCCGCAACGCCCACUCCUGCUGCCUGCAGUGGAACGGACGGAGCUUCUCCGUCUGGUUCCACGGGCUCGAGGCGCCCCUGCCCCACCCCUUCUCGCCCACCGUCGGGAUCUGCCUAGAGUAUGCCAACCGAGCCCUGGCCUUCUAUGCCGUGCGGGAUGGCAAGAUGAGCCUUCUUCGGAGGUUGAAGGCCUCCCGGGCCCGCCGAAGCAGCACCCUGGCCUCUUCCAUCGAACCCUUCCAGAGCCGCCUGGACAGCCAUUUUGCGGGACUCUUCACUCGAAGGCUCAAGCCUGCCUUCUUCCUGGAGAGUGUGGAUGCCCAUCUGCAGAUCGGGCCCCUCAAGAAGUCCUGCAUAUCCGUGCUGAAGAGGAGGUGAUGCCAGAGGGCACCUCAGCUCUUGGGAAGCUUGCUUCUCUGCGCCCCCAUCUUGCCCCACGGAAGGCACCUUGGAGUCCUCCACCUCCCCAGGCUUCUCAUUCCUGGAGGCCUCCACCUUCCAUAUACUUGGCCUUCCGCCUCUCGAGGAGGAGGCUCCCAGUCCCCUUCAAGUGCCCCUCAGACCCUGUCCCCCUGCAGGCCUUGUUUCUGGGAGAGAAAGCCAGAGCUGGGGCAGAUCCAGGCUACCCCAACCUCUCUUUUUCCAGGUUCCUGGGACAGUGCCUGGCACGUAGUAGGUGCUGAAUAAAUAUUUGUUGAAUGAA